AUGUCCCUAGACAGCAAGAACAUCAGGAGGCGUAACUCUUCCAGUAAAAAUUUUUGUUUCCGCCGAAUCACCGCUGCUGUCAAGUCACCUGUCAAGUCAUCUGUCAAGUCACCUGUCAAGUCAUCUGUUAAGUCACCUGUCAAGUCAUCUGUCAAGUCACCUGUCAAGUCAUCUGUUAAGUCACCUGUCAAGUCAUCUGUUAAGUCACCUGUCAAGUCAUCUGUCAAGUCACCUGUCAAGUCACCUGUCAAGUCACUUGUCAAGUCACCUGUCAAGUCACCUGUCAAGUCACCUGUCAAGUCACCUGUCAAGUCAUCUGUCAAGUCACCUGUCAAGUCAUCUUCAUCUGUCAAGUCACCUGUCAAGUCACCUGUCAAGUCAUCUGUCAAGUCACCUGUCAAGUCAUCUGUCAAGUCAUCUGUCAAGUCACCUGUUAAGUCACCUGUCAAGUCACCUGUCAAGUCACAUGUCAAGUCAUCUUUCAAGUCACCUGUCAAGUCACCGCUGCUGUUCCUUCCAUUUUUUCAGGAUCCAGCCCCCUGCCUGUUUGACCUUCAGAGCCCCCUGCCUGUUUGA